AUGGGUCACCACCCCCCGGUUCCCCAGCACGUAGAGCAAUACAUUUUGACCCCCAAGGAGAGCGUUUCGGCGAAGGAAGAGGCGCUCCCAUCUAGUGACGGAGCUGGUGGUCUCCGCGCAAGAAGAGAUGCUGUGCGACAGGGCAGCGGAAGGGCUGGCCUCAAAUGCAAGAGGGAGGCUGCUGGAGGAACUGUUCUUCGCGACAGCAGAGAAGUCGGCAUCCAGCACAUCAACCAACAGAGCUCCCUUCAGUAUACAGGGGAAGCCGGCCAUCCCAUCGGCAGCACGGAUGCAACAGGUCUCGGCCGUCAACCCGGCGCAGACCCAAGAGCGACUUUCGAUCGCAAUGAUGGAGCUGCACAUAAAGAAGCCAGCCCUGUUGCAAGUCCCAAUCGAAGCGUUGUUCCUUCAUUGAAGUUAAGGGCUGGCUAUACUGAUGCCACAUCGUCGGCAAACUCGCCUGAGAAACCCACCGCUGACCGAUAA